AUGGCCGACAACUUACACUUCGUCGAAUACAUAAUAUUCGGUGUAACAUUGCUUGUUUCCAUAUCGAUAGGAAUAUAUUUUGCUAAAUCAGGAGGAAAACAGAGAACCUUGGAGGAAUAUUUGUUGGGAAAUAGAAAGAUAUCGUUCUGUCCUGUAGCCAUUUCUCUUAUGGUGACGUUCCAAUCUGGAAUUAGUCUUCUAGGUUUACCAGUGGAAAUAUACCAGUAUGGUACACAGAUAUAUUUAGGAAUAAUAGGCCUCGUUACCGGAUAUGCACUGGUAGCCAUGUUCUUUGUUCCAGUGUUUCAUCCAUUACAGCUGACAAGUGUGUAUGAAUAUCUCGAAAUGCGUUUCCAGUCACGUGCAGUAAGGGUCACUGGAAGUGUGCUAGGCAUCCUUUUUACGGUGAUGUAUAUGGCCGUCACUCUCUUCAUACCAUCACUGGCUUUAGAAGCAGUGACUAACCUUUCUGUAUGGAUCUCCAUGCCUCUAGUAGCAGCCGUUACAGUCCUCUAUACCAUGCUGGGUGGAAUGAAAGCCGUGGUGUGGACCGAUGUAUUCCAGUUCCUUGUCAUGAUCACCGGUAUCAUGAUACUUUUGAUAAAGGGUGUCGCGGGAUCUGGAGGACUCGGCCAGGUUUGGCAAACGUGCUCUGAACAAGGAAGAAUUCGGUUCUUUAACUUUGACCCUGAUCCGACAGCCAGACAGACAUUUUGGGCGGUUACUUUAGGAACUGUGACGUCAUGGAUAGGAAAUGGUAUUAGCCAAUCGGGAGUACAGAGAAUAAGUUCAACGCCCUCUAUAAGAGAGGCUCGGAAAGCGGUCCUUACCAAUCUACCAGCCGCUGUCAUCCUGGAAACCCUUAUGGCUUUACUUGGAAUGGUCCUAUUCGCCUUCUACCACAACAAAGCAUGUGAUCCUACACGUGCAGGCUUAAUUCAAAGUUCUAACCAGCUUGUGCCAUAUUUUGUGGUGGAACAAAUGUCCUUCGUUCCGGGGUUUGUUGGUAUUUUCAUGGCAUGCCUGUUCAGUGCUACUUUGAGCACGCUAUCUUCUGGUUUGAGUGCUGUGUCCGCACUAAUAUGGGAAGACAUCGUGGACCCGACCCUGUCUCCGACCAGUAGAAUGAGGGGUACUUUCGUUUCCAAAGUGACAGUUGUGUGUACAGGAAUAGUAACAGUAGGUCUAGCCUUUCUAGCCAUGAAUCUGAAAGGUACAAUCACACAGAUCACCAUUGGUACUUUGUCCGCUACUUCCGGCCCAUUAGUCGGUGUUUUUCUCCUCGGUGUGAUUCUGCCAUGGGCCAAUGCAAAGAGUGCUAUUAUCGGCGGACUCCUCUCAUUUUGUUUGUGUGUCACCAUGACUAUUGGAUCCAAUUUCGCGCCAACGCCGUCCCAUAAUUCAUUGUUACCGGAAGUCCCAAUAACCGGAUGUUACCUAAAUAUGUCCGGUUUCUACUCUCUUUCUAACUUUACCAACAAAGAUGACAAUAACUUUACUGAGGGAUAUCAAACCACAUCUAGUUACAAUAUGUCUUCGACAGAUAUGGACACACCACAACAUGAUAUACCAGGAAUGUGGCUUUUUCGUGUAUCUUUUUUAUGGUAUCACUUGAUUGGAGUAUUAUCAACGCUGAUAAUAGGGUUACUGACAACGAUAGUUACAGGGGGAUUCUCCGAUAUCCCGGCCGAGCCUCGUUUCGUUCUCCCUUGUAUACGUAAGAUGAAUUGUUAUAAACAGCGAAUAAGAGUUAUUUCCCUUGUUCCAUAUGACAUGUAUUGCAUAAGUAAAACGACAGAGUAUAAGGUUAAAAUGACGUUUGUAGUCGAAAAUAAGCUAAUUUCAUAUUGA